UUGGUGCACUACAUGUGGAGUUUUCCCAGCCUGUGAACCUGGAAGAAGUGGCAAGAAUAAACCCAGAGGUCAAAGCAGGAGGUCGUUUUGCUCCAAAGGACUGUAUAGCACUUCAGAAAGUAGCAAUAAUCAUACCAUUCAGGAACCGAGAGGAGCACCUGAAGUACUGGCUCUAUUACCUGCACCCAAUUCUCCAAAGGCAGCAACUAGAUUAUGGAGUGUAUGUUAUCAACCAGGAUGGAGAAGAAGAAUUUAACCGUGCUAAACUGCUGAAUAUAGGAUUCACAGAGGCUUUGAAAGAGUAUGACUAUGAUUGCUUUGUGUUCAGUGACGUAGACCUCAUCCCAAUGGAUGACAGGAACACCUACAAAUGUUACAGCCAGCCACGGCACCUCUCUGUAUCCAUGGAUAAAUUCGGAUUUCGGUUGCCUUACAAUCAGUAUUUCGGAGGUGUGUCUGCCUUGAGCAAAGAGCAGUUCACAAAGAUCAACGGGUUCCCGAACAAUUACUGGGGCUGGGGUGGCGAAGACGAUGACAUUUAUAACAGGCUGGUGUUUAAAGGCAUGGGGAUAUCCCGUCCAGAUGCCAUCAUUGGGAAGUGCAGUUUUUGGCAUUCCCGGGACCGGAAGAAUGAACCCAACCCUGAAAGGUUUGACCGAAUUGCUCACACAAGGGAGACAAUGAGUUCUGAUGGCUUAAAUACACUAUCCUACAAGGUGUUAAGAACUGACAAGUACCCUCUGUAUACAAAGAUCACAGUGGAUAUUGGCUCGCCAGACAGCUAACAUCACGGACACAAGAGAGACCUUGCCUGUGUUGCCCAGGACAUCUGACCUCACUGAUGCUUUAUAUCUGCUGGUUUUAUAACAGUUGAAAUGAACAACAAAAAAAAGGCUUCUUUUGGCAUGCCAAAGCAUCUCCAAAUUGGUUGGAAAAGUGCUUU